UGGAUCAAUCUAUCUCUGUCCUCCUACUACUACGACUACUACUGCCUCUGUCACCACUGUUCCCUUUGUAAAUCCCGUCCUACCUCUCUUUCUCUCUCUUCAAUUUCGUAGAGAGAGAAGUCAGACAUAAAGGGUCACCUCAUUUUCAACUUUCAAGCUUUGAAUUCUCUAAACCCCAUUAUCUUCAUCAAUUCCCUCAACCGUUUUCCACCACCAUUAUCCUGUUUUCAAAGGUUUUUGUACACUUUUGGGGUUGUGUGAAUGGAGUCUCCAAAUGGGGUUCCUGUUGAGGAAUGUAAGAACAAUGGUGUCACUGAGAAUGGAACUGAUGAGAAACCCAUUGUGGAAGAAUUGAGUUUGAAUCAGAAUGUUGUAAAUGAUGGAAAGGUUUCUGAAUCUAAUCUGGAAUCGAAGAAUGUGGUAAAGUCUGAUUCUUUAAAGGGGUCUAAGACCAAAUCUGGUGGUCCAAAGAGAUCCAAGACUGGUGGGAUUGAGAUCUCAAAAGUUUCUAAGGAAUCUGCUGCUAUCAAGAAGGUGACUGAGCAAGCUAAUGUGAAGAGUGGAGUGUCGUCUCUUCGGAAGAAGAAGCCGAGCUUAAGUCAAAGUCUCUCGUUCCCAUCGAAAGUCGCUCAUGGCAAUCCGCUGAAGAAAAGCCUUGAUGUUACCCCUGCGAAAUCAAAUUCCAAGCAAUCAUCACUAGUAAAUGGGAAAAAGUCCAAUGCAUCUUCUUCUGAAGCAUCACUGAUUACGGAAUCUGUAAUGGAUCCUUCAAAUGGCCAAACGUCGAAUGAAGUUACUUCAAAGGAGACAAAUGCGAAAAAGAGUGGGAUAUCUGCUAAGAAACCAUCAACUGUGUCUGCUCCGAUCAUUAAGCGCUCUGUGUCAGCAAAAUCUGUUUCAAAGACUGCAAAUGCUAAUGGUCAUGUCUCCGAAUCCUCUAUAGUUGUUGAUGUAUGUCCGAAGCCUGAAAAAGAAGUGUUUCCUGAGGUCGAAGAUAGCGAUGAUUCCAAGGAUUCAAAUCAGAACCAAGAUGAUACUUCAUCGAAGAAGAGUUGUACCUCUGGAUUUGCCUUUAGGUUGGAUGAACGUGCUGAAAAACGAAGAGAGGUAUUCAUGAAUUUCAAUAUGAAAAUUGAAGAGAAGAUCCAUGCCAAAGAGGAAGAAAAAAACAACUUGCAGGCCAUGUCUAAGGAGAGCCAGGAGGCAGAGAUCAAGCGACUGAGGAAGAGCUUAAAUUUCAAAGCUGCGCCAAUGCCAAAUUUCUAUAAAGAACCUCCGCCAAAAAUCGAAAUAAAAAAGAUACCAACAACACGUGCCAAAUCUCCAAAGCUUGGGAGAAACAAGAGCCCAGUUGCAGCAAAUACUGCAGCAUCUGAAGGAGGUGCAGCUUGUGUUAGCCCCCGUGUGAGCAAUGUGGUGAAAAGAGCUCAUGUAAAUGGUGAGAGAAAUGCUGAUUCUUCUACUCAAAAAUCUGCUAAGAAAUCCCAAUCAAAGCUUCAACCUCGAGAAUCUGGUACUACUAAAAGCGAAGAGAAGAAUGUUAAAUCUAAAACAAAGAAAAAGGAAGUGAUAACCGAAAAUGAUAAAGCAAGUGGUGAGGUGACAGAAGAGACCCAAAGUUCACCUCAAAUUCCUUUCGAGGUUGCCGAGGAAGCGAAACAAGUCUCACCGAUGGAAAUCUCAAAGGACAAUGGAGUAAUAGAAAAUGCUAACAGAAGCGAGGCCAUAUCCAGUGAAAUCAUGGUUGGGGGUUGAGGAAGAGUUUAGCGCGGAAACUGCCUGAGGUUGAUGCAGUUGUAAAAAGAAUUGCUUUUGUAUAUGGAGAGUUGUAUAUCGUUUAUUAAUUUGAUAUGUUGAAGGGGGGAAGAAGAAGAUGAGAAAUGUAUGUAUUGGCACCUAAAAAGGUCAAAUACAUUGUUUGUCUUUGGUUUUUUUUUUUUCUGUUCAUUUAUAUCAUAGUUUUUGGGUAAACUAUCUAAUCCUUUGGUUUGGUUUUCCCUUUAAACACUAGAAAAUAUGAUUAUCAGAAUACAUUCAGACC